UUGCCAACGUUUACUGACACUGGCCAUAUUCACCUGGUGUUUAGCCCUCUUAAAUUCAUUAUUAUGCGCUCUGGUACACUCAGACGAGAGUGCUCUGAAAUCGGAGUAGAUAGCCAGAGCUACUUUACAAAAGCACCCGAAUAUCCAUUGAGAAUGCACAAAAACGAUACUAUUUAGCUAAGAAUGACGGGAAUAAUCAAGUCAAUAAACGUUGGGUAGUUAGAUAGCAUAUAGUUAAUAUACUGGCAAGUUUGAUGUAUAAGUAGCCAACUAACAUUAGGUAGCUGGCUAACAUACCGGUACACACUGCUGUGCUGAUAUGCUAUGUGGUUCAUAAGGACAGCUUAACCUAACGUGUAACAUAACAUAUUUGCAAAGUCAUUACUUUAUUACAUUGCUCAACAUUUGUCAUAAUUAGUUUGUAAAAGACAGAUGUAGGUUGUUUUGAACACACCACCAAAAACAAUCUCUGAGAAACUGUUGAAACCAUCUCCGCUCUCUCUGUCUCUCCCCUCUGUGCCUCUCUCUGGGCUGACUGUUUCUCCCCCUUGCGUCUGCUAGACGGGUGAGGAGUUCCACUGUGUCUGCCAACAGAUGGGGAAGGCUAAGUUGCUGCGUCUGGAGCAGAGCUGAAUCAUAACGUCUGAGAAGCACAUGCCUCCCUGACUGCUGCCUGCGCUCUUCCCUACUUGUUUCAGACAACUAAGUACAUUUUGUCCAACUGUGAUGCCAAUCACAACAUCGGAAAGUCCUCUCCUUUAAAAACAAAAAGAGGGAAAAAGUUAUUCUGGAAGUCCUUUAUUCAUCCCACCUUUCCUCUGCUCCUCGAUGGGGAAAGAAAGAGGCAUUUUUUAUUUUUCCUGACAGUAUUAAUGUGGCUGGCUUCUGCCUUUACUGCAGCACGGUGCAGGCAUUUUUAUAGACAGUCGUAUGCCAUCCGCAGUAGCCCAAGGCCUGAAGGACCUCUCCCCAAUAAAGUUGGAGAGCAACAAAAAAAAAAGUGCUAAAUUACGGGCGCCUGGAAAUAAAGAGCUGAAUUCAGCUGGUUGUCUCUCACGGACCUCCAACCAAUAAACUGGCAUUUUAAAUAAGAAGCAGCUAGGUUACUGUAGGACAGAACAGCUAUUUAUCAUGUGCUAUUCUGAGCGAGUGAGUAUGAUUGAGUUCUUCUGUGACGGAGGCAGAAGGUUAUCUGACACAUUUUUCCCACUGAUUUGCUUACAGGCUUCAGGAUAUCCACUCAGUGAAGAUGUAGUCCAUUUGGUUUCCGUGGAGAUGUCUCUAAACAGGGCCUCCUCUUGUCGCUUCUCUCCUGCCCUGUUGCCGUGGCUACUGUGGACUCUGUGGGUUCUACUCCUCCCCACGACCGUCGCCUCGACCACGGGCCCCGGCAACAGCACCCUGCUCUUCAACAGUGCCGCCCACGGCAACAGCCUGCGGAAAUGCAGCUGCUCCACCCACAUCCAGGACUGUGACGAGGCGUUGGCAAACCUGCUGUGCAGCUGCCGCACCAUGUCACACUCAGAGCUGACCCCUGGGGGCCUGAGGGAGCAGGGUAGCUUGACCAUGUGGCUCAGAGAGCCUUGGGUCCUCACAGAGCUACUGAAUGGGAGUGUGGUGCCAGACCUGCGCCUGUCCUACUGUGGACCCGGGUCCCUGGCUAUCCCCACCCAGUACCUGGCCCUGUUCGGUCUCCGUAAGCUGAGGGUCCACAGCGCUGCCCAGGGUGCCCCACACCCGGAGCAGGUCCUCACAAUCGCCUCUGGGACUGAGGAUAUAGACGGGAUGGGGUCCCUAGCCUCCACUGACCCCUCGUCUAUCCUCCAUGUCUCCUUCCUGGAUGUAGCAUUGCUUAAUGGCUUAUCGUCCCUAAAGGCCUACAGUGUGAGCGCCCCUCCCAUGCCCACCCUCUCCCAGUACUUCCCCCACCUGCCCCUGUACCCCUCCACCACCUUGGACCAGCCCCUGUACCCCUCCACCCCUCUGGACCAGCCCCCAGACCCCCAACAGGACUGCCUCUUCACCUUCAUCUACUAGACCUGUAGGCUCUGAGCAGAGAGCAGGGCUGGGUCAGUCCCUCAGCUAAAUAGAUCUAUGGAAACUAGACUGGGCUGGAUGGAUAACACUGAAGUG